AUGUUCACAACCUCUAUGCCUCAACUGGCCUUCAAGUCACCGCCACUUGGUCUUCAUUCCCCUCCAGACUCGAACGCAUUGAAAGAUGGAAGUGAUUCAGAGCUUUCAGACCUGGAAAUGGAUUUGGAUCCUUCCUCUAACUCAGAAUUGCACCUGGAGCCCAAAGAAAUAAUCGACGGCGUUCCCGUCUUCGCCCCAAGCAUGGAGCAGUUCCAAGAUUUUGAAAAGUUCAUCACCGCAGUGAACCCAUGGGGUAUGACUCAUGGAAUUGUCAAAGUAAUACCACCCAAAAAAUGGCUCGAUGAGCAACCGUCCCUUCACGAAGAAGUCAAAAAAAUAAAAAUCAAAAACCCCUAUAUCCAGGAAAUGAAUAAUCAAGGUAGCAGAGGCACAACUGGAAACUUCCGACAGCUAAAUUUAUCUUCCAACCGUACUUACAAUAUCGUGGAAUGGCGUGCUCUUUGUAAUCAGCUCAGUCGGCAACCACCAGCUAAGAGAGGUGAAACUCGGAGGGCUCCAGAAAAGUUAGUCAAUGCAGCCAAGAAAAAAGUUGAAUUUGGUCGACCUUGCGAAAAUAGUGAAAGUACUGUCGGAAGAAUGAGCAAGCCUAGCUUGGGUAAAAAAUCUAAAUCAAAGCCCAAAGAAGAAGAGGUUUCUGUCAAUUCACGGCGAAAUAAAUACCGUGAAGAUGAUACCCUUGUUGACGAAAAAGCAUUCAAAGACUUCGAUUAUAAUCUCUAUGAAGAAUUUGAUGAUGAGCGGUGUCAAGAAUUAGAAGUAGCCUACUGGAAGCAUAUAUCCUACGCUCCUCCAAUAUACGGUGGAGACAUGCCUGGAACACUUUUCACGGACAAGACUAAAGUUUGGGAUUUACGAAACUUGCCUGGAUUUCUCAAUUACUUAGACGAAAAAGUACCCGGUAUCAACACCACCUACCUAUACAUCGGAUCAUGGAAAUCGACGUUCUCAUGGCAUCUGGAAGACGUUGAUUUGUAUUCAAUAAACUAUCUUCAUUUUGGAGCUCCAAAGCAAUGGUAUAGUAUAUCUCAGGGUGAUCGAGAGAGGUUUGAAAAAGCAAUGGCUAUAAAGUGGCCGGAAGAAUACAAAGAUUGCAACCAGUUUCUCAGGCAUAAAACUUUUCAAAUCUCUCCAGCUGCACUGUUGAAAGAGUUUAAAAUUAAAGUGAAUAAGAUUGUCCAUAGGCCAGGCGAAUUCAUGAUAACAUUUCCAUAUGGAUACCACGCAGGAUACAAUUUGGGGUACAACUGUGCGGAGGCAGUAAAUUUUGCUGUCGAUGAGUGGAUACCAAUCGCUGAGAAGGCUAAACGGUGUGACUGCGCGCAGCAACAAGAUAGUGUAUGGGUUGAUCUCGAUUCACUUCGGAAAAAGUUGCCUCGCACUCACAAGUGGUAUCUCGGCGAACCUGGAGAGGAAGAAUAUUUCGAAGAAGAUGAAAUUGACCAGCCGACGGAUAUGCCCACACCACCUCAUAGUGGCAGUGACAUCAAGAUCUGCCAGCCGCGCAAACGAAAACAUAUCACUCCCAAAACGCAAAUUCGACCACCUAAGCGUCGAGCUACUGUCAAGGUACCCGAAGAGCCAGAUUGUAUUCUCUGUCCAAACGCAGGAUUUGAAAUACUAUCAACCGACAAUGGCAAGAAAGCGCACCGUAUUUGCGGGGAAUAUAUUCCGGAAACAUGCGUCGUCGAAGACGUUGUUCAUGAUAUAGGCUUCAUAUCGAAGGCUAGAAUGGGUCUUAAAUGCAUCAAUUGCCGCUCGAAAAAAGGGGCAUGUUUUCAGUGCUCUGCGGCAAAAUGUACUAGAGCUUAUCACGCUACUUGCGCUGCUGCUUCAGGUGUUCUGGUACAAAAAGUCUGGAUCUCUAGCUAUGUCGAAGAUGGGACAGAAUACAAAGAAGAAAUAUUUGAUUUUCGAUGUCGCUUUCAUCGCCCUCGGCGCGAUAAGGAUAUCGACGAAGUGACUUUAUCAGAGGAUUGUAAAAUAAAGCAGUUCGGAUAUGGGCUGGAAAAAGGUGAUGUGUGCCAAUUUCAGUAUCUCCGCUCUGAAAUCUUUGCUGGCUUAGUUAUCUCAAACAAUCGUUCUGAAAGUUCAGUAACAAUAAAUGUCUUAUUUGAUAAGACCAAUACUUCUAUCGAGAUCGACUACAGGUGGCUGCUCGUCCCACCACUUGAGCAAACAUUGCAGAAGCCGUCUUCGGGCGCAAUACCCAUGCCUAAGUCAUUCAAGGCUAAAGAGUCAUUGAAUACGAAAGCAAGGCAAUUUGAUGACGUACCAAUGACACGUGAUUCAUUCGUCGAAAAUUUUACUUGGGCAGAAUAUAAGAUACAUGAUCUUGAUCCAAAUCCCGAACAGAUUCCGAUUGAUUUAUCCAAGGAAAAUCAGAUAUGGUAUUACCUUGGUAAAACAUCGACUGAAGCCAAAGCCCAAUUCACCGAGGACAUUACUAAGCCACGAGAUAAUCCUAAGGGUCAUUUUCUAACCACUGUGUCCAAACCUUCUCCAGCUCGCACAAAAUCUUCUCACAAUUCUUCUCGUUCCUCGAAAAGUUCGGGUCAUUUAGCCAGUAACCUGCUUCGAAGCUUGACUAAAUCAAACUUAGAGCGUGCUGAUAAAAUUAAAACACAGCAAAAUAAACUAGCCUCCAAACCGCACCAGCGUACCAAAGCACUGCCAGAUAUAACAUUAUCAUCGCACAAACGUCCCCCUAAACUUACGAGUGAUAGACGUGCAACAGCUACCUCAAUAAAGAACAACCGAAAAAAGCUGAGUAGCUUUCCAACUCCGAACUCUGGGCAAAAGCACCUAAAAAACCAAGGCCCGAAAAAUAAAUCUAUCACUCAACCCAAUGGAUUAAAUUCUCUCCCCCCUCUGAGUCGUAAAUCACAGCCUUCACUUCUUCUUACACAACCAAACUGGCCCUCCCUUAAUCCUAAGGUCCCGAAUUCGGUCAAGACAUUUGAUAAAAAUAGGUCGUCUCCAGUACCAUGUUCUGCACCAAAUGGAGACCAACAGCAAAUAUUACGCCAAAUAAAACCUCGUCCAUCAGGCACUCGACCACUCAAUGAUACAGAUGAACCGGUCGUUCUUCCAGCUAACAGUUAUAAGCCGACGUCUAUCUUGAGUCCUUUUAUGAAAUACAAGUACUUACAAAUCGAACAUAAUAAAGAUGUGCGGAGUUACAAGUCUCCAUAUCGUAUUGGUGGUGGGUUUUCGAAUGGCUACGAGCGAACUAAAAGCAGUUUGAAGAACCAAUAUUCGAAGACAGAGAUAAAUAACAUGAAGUUAUCAUCGAAUUACCCCGUCACUGCUCCUUUUGCAGGAAAACGUGAAAUUCUCGAAUCCACGGUCAGAAGGAAUUACAACCCCUAUCAAGAUCCACGCUAUUCGAACAUGUCAAAUAGCAAUAGAAAUAGAGGAUUUAAAAACUAUGACAACCAAUCACUACCAAAUAAAUCUCCUUCGAAUGCUCAUAAUCCGAACGCUGCUAAACAGCCGCAGCUAAGUAAAUCAAUACUUUCCAUGAAUAUCGAACCAGCCGCAAAAGGCCCAUCGCAUUCACCGUACGUAAGGAUCACGAAUCGUAGUAAUAGCGUUGCAGCAAUUCUGAAUGAUGAGCCAAAACGUAACAGCCACUCAUCGCGAUGUGAUAUUUCUUACCCAAACAACCAGCUAAAAGUCUCCAGUCCACAAGCCCGAAUUGAGAAUUCUUACGAAGACAGACGAAAUGUACCAGAUUCAAAGUGUCGUAAGAGUUGGCAAGAUAUUUGUCUCAAUGAAAAUCCAAUUGAGAUUCCGGGUUUGGGACAAUUGACUAAUAAUACGAUGGGUAGGCAGCAUAGUUCUCGCCAUCCCCAAGCUCACGACCAAAUUAAAAGUGAAUCAUAUUUGAAGUCUAAUAACGACAUUAUCCAGAAAGAACAAAAGAUCAAAUUUCCAUUACCGUCCGCGUCAGGAUUUCUCCGACAAAACUUUCAAAACUCAUUACUUUGCAACAAUGAGCCUAAUUUCCCUGAUGUUCCGCCUGAUAUUUCGACACUUAUUGAGCGAAUGAUGAAUAACCUCAAAAAAGCAAGUAACCAUAAUAAUGGUAUGCACUGA